UGAAUCUAGAGACUAAUGAUGAUGAUCAUCAUCAUCAUUAUAGUUGUACUCCUAUACAGUUAGCAGUCACUGCAAGAGAUGCUGAAUACGGAGUUAACGUACUACAAGCAUUAUUAAGUAUAGCAGGAUGUCGUGAUAGAGCAGUAAUGCCUACAAAUGAUGGUUAUACACCAUUACAGUUGGCAACAUUACGUAAGAAUUCCAAGAUGGUGGAAUUAUUG